GCCCGCGAGAGGAGGGCUGGGCUGAGGCGCUGUUUGUGUGCUCGGGCCGCAGCGGGAGGCCGGGGCCGCAGGUACCGGGGCCGGGGCGGCGUCUGCAGACGGGGCCGAGCGAUGGGCCGGGUCCCGGGCCGCCUCCCGCGCGUGCAGGCUUUUGAGCCGGGCCGGGCUCGCCCAGAGGGGCCGGAGCAACCGGGUCUGGCCUGGGCCUGGGAUUGGGCCCGGCCUGGGGCGGGGACCGGGUCCGCUGUGUCGCGGUGCGCCGAGCGCCCGGGGAGAGCCGUGGGGUGCCGGAGUCCCGCGGGCCGAGCUCGGGGCCGAGCGGCCGCUGGGCCCGGUUCUGUUCCUUCGGUAUCCGCAGGGGCUCCUCGGUACUGAGCCGAAUCCCUCCGGUUCUCCCCCAUACCGAUCUCCCUGCGGCUCCGCCCGCUCCGACGCACCGGCGGGGAACCGGGAGCGCUGCCGCCGCGGGGGGGGGAGAGCGAACUCCCGGUGUUGGCGCCCGCGCGAGCCGCCCCCGGGCCUCCCCCCCGCACCCACCCCGGGGACCCCGAGCAGGCGGCACCCGGCGGUCCGGUGAGGGCCGAGAGAGUGCGACCGUCCCGGCUGAGCCGAAGGGAAUCGGUGCUGCAUCCGGCAGAGCUGCCCGAGGACUGCCUGGUGGAACCAACGCCAGCGCUCCCAGCGUCGGUGCCUUCCUGGCUGUCCGCUCAGCAGGGCAGGAGCCCAGCAGCAGCCCGGCCAUGACCAGCAGAGGAGCCGCCAGGCCGAAUGGGCAGUCCCAAGCCAGCAAAAUCUGUCAGUUCAAGCUGGUGCUGCUGGGCGAGUCAGCGGUGGGGAAAUCCAGCCUGGUGCUGCGCUUCGUCAAGGGGCAGUUCCACGAGUACCAGGAGAGCACCAUCGGGGCGGCGUUCCUCACACAGUCUGUCUGCCUGGACGACACAACGGUGAAGUUUGAGAUCUGGGACACAGCAGGCCAGGAGCGAUACCACAGUCUGGCCCCCAUGUACUACCGGGGGGCACAGGCUGCCAUCGUGGUCUACGAUAUCACCAACCAGGAAACAUUUGCACGGGCAAAAACAUGGGUGAAAGAGCUGCAGAGACAAGCCAGCCCCAGCAUCGUCAUUGCGCUCGCGGGCAACAAAGCCGACCUGGCCAGCAAACGUAUGGUGGAGUACGAAGAGGCACAGGCUUACGCAGAUGACAACAGCCUAUUGUUCAUGGAGACGUCGGCCAAGACAGCGAUGAAUGUGAACGACCUCUUCCUGGCCAUCGCCAAGAAGCUGCCAAAGAGCGAGCCCCAGAGCACGAGUGGUGCAGCAGGGAGGAGCAGAGGCGUGGACCUUCACGAGCAAACCCAGCAGAACAAGAGCCAGUGUUGUAGCAACUGAAGGGCAGCCUUCGGCAGUGGCCUGCGAGCGAGGAAGAGCUAAGAUAUAACCUCCACCCCCCCCCGUCCACCACACCACACCUCACCUCCAUAACAGCGCACCGAGAAACCCACCCGAACCAGAACCCUCCCGAGAGCUCUUAACUGCACUUUUUAAUGCUUCAAAACCACCACCAGACACCCGUGACCACCAUCCUGACGGCGAUGGAACUACAUCCGCCGGGGACUUAACUUCCAGAGAGAGAGAGAGAGAGAAAAAAAAAGAGAGAGAAAACAAACCAACAAACUCUUCUUCACUUUGUAUUAUAAGUGCAAAUAGCGACCUAACCGCAGCUCCUCCCUCUGCCUUUCUCCCUCUUCCACCUCCCUCUUUGCUCUGUGGGCUCAGCCCCGCUCACGUCUCCCCUCCUGGUGGCGCGAUGGCAGCGCAUCCUCGGGGUUGGCUUUGUGUGUGACCGACUGAGAUGGCACCGGAGACCUCUGGGAAAACGUGGGGUUGAAAUACGGAUUUAUUUUUGUAAUUUUCUUUUUUUUCCCUUUAUUUUUUUCCUCCCUAUGGCUGUCCGGGAGGGAAAAGCUGCAGUGUCCUUCACUUCCUUCCUUGGUGGCCUUUUGUUUAUUAUUUUUUCUUUGCUGAAGGUUUGGAAGUGCCUGGGAACCUUUAGUGAGGGGAGAGUGGGGGGGGGGGGAUGCAGAGCCAGCAGGACGACCCUAACAGCUGCCUCUGCCCCCCCCCCCCCCCCAAUCCCUGUGCUGUGAUCCCAGGGCUUGCAGAGCCCCGCUCUCACUUCGUCCCCCCCAUUCCUCCUCCUGCCUUUGGUUGGCGCUCGAGUUGGGGGUUCUGCCUCUCUUUGCUUUUCCCUUCGGCUCCUGUUUGCUCUGGAGGUUGGGAGCAGAGGAGGGAGGUGAAAGCGUUCGUUCCUUUCUCCUCUUCCCGGAUGGAACUCGGAUCCCUUGGGCUGCUGCCAGGCGCCGUGCCCUGCAAUGCAGCCCGGAGGCCAUUGCCCUCUCCCUGCACCCAACAACCACCUGGGCUCCCCGGGACCCUUCUUUGUAUGGGUUGGGGAGGGGGGGGGCUUUGCCCCCUCUUCUUGUGGGAGGUUGGGGGUCCCGCAUGACGCCCCGCAGUGGGGGCUGAGCAGAUCGCAGCUGUGGGGCUGAGAUCCAAACCUCAGCUCUGCUUUACCCCUCUGCAUGGCCCGAGGACGGCCCCCCCCCCCCGGGGGGAGUGAGGGGGGGACACUGCAGCUUUCCCGACCCUCUCCAUUUUCCCCUCUGUCUCCGCUGAUUUGUUUGGUUGGGUUUGUUUGGGUUUUGGUUUGUUUUGGUUUUUUUUUUUCCUCCUUGCUUUGAGGAAGCUCCUCCAUCGCAUUGAAAUAACGAAUCGUGGUAACAGAACUCA